AUGAAUCACGAUGCGAUUACAAUGGAAGAAUUAGUGAAGAUAGUUGGGAUUAGACAGGCAGAAUUGAACAAAGAUUUACUCUUAUCCAGUAAGUCACCCGAAUUAUAUGAUAAAUAUAUUAAUGUUGCCCACCUAGAAUUUGAAGGUCGCGCAAAAAUGGGCUUAACGCGUCAAUUAAAAGAUCCUACUACUGAUGAACUUAAAUGGUUUAAUGUUGGAUAUUUAUGUGGAAAACAAAAUUCUAUUGAAAUUAAAAAUUCUUCAUCUAGAGUAAAAACUCGUCAUUUCAAUGCUAUAUUUGAUGGAACCUUCAAAGCGAUGCAUAUUCAUAAAGCCAAUAAUAGCAAAGUGAAUGGAUACAUUUUGAGUUUACAGGAACAAGAUGGCGAAGUUGGAGAGACAAGAGGAAGAGGAGAUUGGGAGAUGAAUACAGAGACAGAUGCAGAGAAGAGAAUUGAAUGA